UUAGAAGGAGCAUACAUAUCAGACGGAAUAUCACUAGAAUUGGCAAGGAAUUAUACCACUCAGCAUGCCGUCAAGGCAAUGACUAAGAACUGCGCAAUUGAAAAGCGUGGUGGAAAUCGCGGACGUGGAAACUUCAGAGGAAACUGUAGUAGUCGUAACAAUUACAACAACUACAAAAGUUCCAACUAUAAUAGUAAUGGACGAGGCCAAUAUAGAGGAAACUCAAGAAGCCGUGGCAACUCGAAUCGAGGCCACAAUAACAAUAAUUCAAACAAUUCUGUGAGAAUUGCCCAGAAUAAUUCGGGAAACUCUCACCCUUCAGAUACUGAACAGUAAACCACAAUGUUCACACCAUCAAUCUUAGUCUUAAUAUAUUUGUAAACUUUACAAAUACAGAAACCAACAGAAAA